CCGCUGAGAGCAGCCACACCUUCCGCAGAUCCAGCCAUUAUAUGUUUUUAUUUAUUUCUUCACAAUGAAGUUCAAAGGUUUGGUAAGUUUAUUGCUGACGGUGGCGUUGGCCAUCAGCGUCCGGGCUGAUGAAUGGUCGUGGGGUUCGGACGCCUCACAGGAGCCUCAGGCGACCCCCGCCGACCCCGCGACCACAACUGACGUCCAGGUGGAAGCGGAGUCACGUGAUCUAUCGGGGGAGGCGGCCGAGGGCGUCCACGAAGGACGAGAAGGCCGCUUCUUGGGCCUCGGGAAGAAGCUGUGCGUCCUCGGCAUCGGUCCUGGCUGCGACAAGAAGACUUACCCUCCGGCGGUAGAGUCUCACUACGGGCGUCCCUCCGUCCCCCAAGUCACGUCCAGCUACGCCACCCUCAACCAUCAGGCCGCCCACGCCCAGUCCACCGUCGCUAACGGCAUCUCCGCCCCAAUCAAGGGCUCAUACCCUGCCCCUAAGCCUUUCUUCGCUCCCCCGAAGCCCCUGAACCCAUCUUACUCAGCUCCCAAGCCCUCCUAUGGUGCCCCAACCCCUGACUAUGCUGCCCCCAAACCAGCCUACGUGGCCCCAGUACCAUCCUAUGCUGCCCCCAAACCAGCCUACGUGGCCCCAGUACCAUCGUAUGCUGCUCCCAAACCAGCCUACGUGGCCCCAGUACCAUCCUAUGCUGCCCCUAAACCAGCCUACGUGGCCCCAGUUCCAACCUAUGCCGCCCCUAAGCCGGCAUAUGCUACCCCUGUGCCCACCUAUGGUAUUCCUGUACCAACAUAUGCCGCCCCUAAGCCAAAUCCGACUUAUGCUAUCCCUGUGCCAACCUAUUCUGCCCCUAAGCCCACCUAUGCUGCCCCUAAGCCAACAUAUGCUGCCCCUGUGCCCACUUAUGCAGCCCCUAAACCAGCAUACACCUCUCACAACCACGCUCACCUCACGCCCACAUCGGUGGUGCAGCACAUCCACACCCACACCCACCUCCAUCAGCUGCCCUCCUCCCCCGCCCACGGUGCCUCUCCCUCCCUCGCGCCCCUCCCGCCCCACUCUGCCAUCCCCACAACCGCCGCUCAUGCGUCCCAAGGCGCCCUCCUCCCUCACCUCCACCUCCCACAACCCACCAUCGAGGCCAACUCUCCCGCCCACCGUGAACACUGUCUCUGCGUCCCCACCGCCUCUUGCUACGCCCACGAUAUCGUGUCCCACCCACUCUCAGACUUCAGUGACCUCAUCGACGCCCGUUCUCGCCACACCGACAUCCUCUCCAACGCCACCCACGACCUCGUCUCCACCUCCGUCUCUGAGGACGAACUCGUCACCAUCUCUCCUGACGAGGACGACGUAACUACGACUCUCCCACUUGAAGACGACUACACCUACACUGACGAUGCCCUCGACAUUAACUCCACCCGCGUCAGGAGGGAUCUACUCACGCCUUCUCACCAUCACGACGCCAACGUCACCGACGUCCCUCAGGAGCGUCACAGCUUCGGCUACUUCCCAAGCAGCAGCACCUGCGGGGUCGACCAAGUGUGCUGUCGCAACCCCAUCGCGCCUCAGUCCCGCCAUGUGGCCACAUGCGGACGCAGCCAAGCGCAAGGCGUCCUCGGCCGCGUCAAGAACCCUUCGUUUGUGGAGGGCGACACAGAGUUCGGGGAACACCCGUGGCAGGCGGCCAUCCUCAGGCAGGACAACGGCGAGGUCAAGUACGUGUGCGGCGCCACGCUCAUCGACGACCGCCACCUGCUCACCGCCGCCCACUGCGUCAGUAAACUGCAGCUGACGGAAUUGACAGUUCGUCUUGGUGAGUGGGACGUCCGCGCAGACACCGAGUUCUACAGCCACAUCGACCUCAGGCCCGCCACUCUCCUUGUCCACCCGCAGUAUUACGCCGGAAACCUGGUCAACGACAUCGCCAUCCUCACCCUCGAGCACCACAUCGACUUCUCGGCCAACCCCCACAUCUCGCCCGUGUGUCUCCCGGACGCCCACAGCACCUUCGUGGGACAAAGGUGUCAGUCCACCGGUUGGGGUAAGGACGCCUUUGGAGGCGACGGCAAGUUCCAGAGCAUCCUGAAAGAGGUGGAGCUUCCAGUCCUGUCCCACCACCAGUGCCAGACGGCCCUCAAACACACGCGUUUGGGAGCCACCUUUAGUCUCCAUCAAGGAAAUCUUUGCGCAGGAGGCGAGGCAGGUCGCGACACUUGCAAGGGCGACGGCGGAGGACCCCUGGUGUGCCGCGGCAACGACGGCGCCUUCCGCUUGGCCGGUCUGGUGUCAUGGGGCGUCGGGUGCGGGCAGGUGGGCGUCCCGGGCGUGUACGUGAACGUGGCUCAUUACCUGGACUGGAUCGAGUCCGCUGUCCGCUCCUUAUAGUUCCAGUCAUCCUCUCCAACUCAUAACCGCUCAAACCACGUCAUCAAGGCUUGAAUGACGUCAUCGUUAUAAUAACGUCAUACUCGUCUCUACGCGACGAAUCAAGUGACGUCAUCAGUGUGCUAGGGUCAGACUGCUGGUCUUCAGUCUGUCUCGUUACAAUGUGAAUGUUUUUUUUUUGUAAUAAUAAAUUAUUAAGUAUAAAUUA